CCAGUCAAUGGAGUCAAGCGGUCACGCCAACGCGAUAAAACUGGUGACAAAACGAGGCCGUAGCCGAUGUAAAGCGGGUUUUUAGUUAGAGGAGAGCGUCGGUCGCUGAUGAGUGCUUUGUAAUCUGCCAUGACCGCGGUAGAAUAGUUUUACACCAACACAACUGGCUCGUUUUGCAGCUCACGCUCCGUGUCAACACAAAGGCCCGUGUAGCUGCUGGUUCAAGCUGCAGCACAUUCACAGGCGUGCCAUCGUUUUUAUUUUUAUUUUUUAUGUUUUAUCUGCAACGCGUUUAAUCUGCUCCACCGACACAACAAGACUUGCAUUUUAGUGUUUUUCUCCCCCCCCCUCCUCUCUCACGAUAAUGGCGGAACAGAGUGCGGUUGUCAUGCAGCAGAAUCUGGACAGGAGCUGCUGGGUGUGCUUCGCCACAGACGAGGACGAUCGCACUGCAGAGUGGGUGCGUCCGUGUCGCUGCCGCGGCUCUACCAAGUGGGUUCACCAGACCUGCCUGCAGCGCUGGGUGGACGAGAAGCAGCGGGGAAACAGCACGGCACGUGUGGCCUGCCCACAAUGCAACGCAGAAUACCUCAUCGUCUUUCCCAAACUGGGUCCCGUGGUUUACGUGCUGGACCUGGCUGACCGGCUUAUCUCAAAGGCCGGCCCUUUCGCUGCUGCCGGCAUCAUGGUGGGCUCCAUCUACUGGACCGCCGUCACCUACGGAGCUGUCACUGUCAUGCAGGUGGUGGGCCAUAAGGAGGGCCUGGACGUUAUGGAGAGGGCGGACCCUCUGUUCCUGCUCAUCGGCCUGCCCACCAUCCCUGUCAUGCUGAUCCUCGGCAAGAUGAUCCGCUGGGAGGACUACGUCCUGCGUCUGUGGAGGAAGUACUCCAACAAACUGCAGAUCCUCAACAGCAUCUUCCCAGGGAUCGGCUGCCCAGUUCCUCGGAUCCCGGCAGAGGCCAGCCCCCUGGCAGACCACGUGUCGGCCACGCGGAUCCUGUGCGGCGCCCUGGUCUUCCCCACCAUCGCCACCAUCGUGGGGAAGCUCAUGUUCAGCAGCGUCAACUCCAACCUGCAGAGGACCAUCCUGGGAGGCAUCGCUUUUGUGGCCAUCAAGGGGGCGUUUAAGGUGUACUUCAAACAGCAGCAGUACAUGAGGCAAGCCCACCGCAAGAUCCUCAAUUUCCCCGAGCAGGAGGAGGCCUGAGGUGGCGCCGCUGUCCGGAGCGAGGACGGCCGGACGAACCGCGCACACACCUCUCUGUUGGAGGGGGGGAGGGGAGGGAGGAUAUGAACCAUGGGACUCGCUGGUGAAACAGACUUAGGAUCACCCCCUUACUCACCUACACCUGCCCCCUCCCCCACCUCUCUGCUCUCACCCCCUCCGGUGUGACUCAUGGCACCGCCGCUGACACCCAAGCAAGGAUCCCCCGCCACCGCACACUGUUUUUAAACCUUUGACGCUUUCGUGAGGCGAGGACGGAUAAGACUUGUGGACACUGGGCAUGUUUGCGGCACACACACACACACACACACACACACACACACACACACAUCACACACACACACACACACACACACACACACACACCCCCCC